UAACGGUGGGUGGCGGUGUGUCAGAAACAAGUGCGAGGCUCUUUAGCUGUAACAGUAGAGGAAGACAGCCUUCCAGGAAGUUCAACCCGAUGUACUGGUUUUACAGUUAACUUACUGCGAAAUUUGCAGUUAUAAUACGAGCUUUUAAGCCAUAAAAAUAUGAAAUUACUGGUCUUUAUAAUAGUAUCAUAACCAGAUAAUUUUAAGGUAUCGUUAGACCUCGCUUAAGGAAAUGCCGUUGUUCAUUCAAAAUAGAGGACUUGACCGCAUAAGCUCGACAGCGGAACUGUUCGACAACUUUCCACAUUUACAGGAAAAUGCAAGCACAUUUCGCUCCAGGCCACUUGUUGGUGUGGACCCAAAGUGCUUCUUGUAUGUCCAACAAAGAGAGUUUGCUGCAACAACACCAGAAGACAACUGUGUUUCAGUAAUUGGAUCUGAUGAUGCCACCACGUGCCAUUUGGUUGUGCUGCGACACACCGGAAGUGGAGCUGUUUGCCUUGCUCACUGUGAUGGUUCUAGCACCUGGUCUGAAGUCCCGCUCCUUGUGAAAGCUGUGACGUCACUGAGUAAUGUCAGUAAGGAGGGCAGACUUGAGCUUCAUCUUGCCGGGGGAUUUAACGAUGAGUCAAAAACAUCCCAUAAACUCAGCCUUAACAUACUGGCAGCAUUCCAAAAACAGAAAGAGGAUAUUCAUCUGGAAACAUGUUGCAUUACAGAAAUGAAUGACAUUGUUGUUGGUGGAACUCAUAGGCCUGUAGUGUAUGGAAUAGGUGUAAAUGUUAAAACAGGGGAUGUGUUCCCUUCCACAUUCGCCCAUAAAGGACCUGCAGAAGAGCUGCGAUCAGCAAGGACCUUCACUGGGGGACAGAUGGCAGACAUAUAUGACUCAAGUCGAGGGCUUGUUAAAAUCGGCCCUUGCAAGUGGUCUCCAAAUCUGGAUAUUGCCUUCUGGUUGUCACAAGAUGAUGACACAAUUUUAAAGUACCUGUCCACCUCUCCGCUGGCUGAGCCACCACACUUCGUCCAGCACAUGAAGACCACCAUCCAGUUUCUUUUGGGACACCCCAGCUCUGAUAGCCUGUUCCCCGGGGGCCAACCACACCUCUACCACAGGACCGAGAGGGGAGACUGGGAGAGGGUUGUCUCGUCAUAAAGCCCCUCUCCUAUCUCUCACUGGACCUUAUCAUGGAACCUGACUGCUUUUGCCUCUCAGCUCAAUGGAUACACUGUGACCCAGCCACCCUCUGUCUUUUUGUUCAUUGUGUCUUAACAUGGAGGUAGCCCCUGCCUGGACCAUACUGUAUGUAUGGUCAAUUGCUCUCCUUACUCAUCUGGCUGGUCCAGUAGAGAGAGUAGAGGAAGUAGAAGGGAUUCUGUUUAUGCCUGUAAAAGUGAAUUUUUCCACUCUUGUAAGGUGGUGUAAAGUCUACAACCUUUACCAUCUGCUGUGUUGCCGUAAGUCAAGGUUAAUGUCCAACUAUGCUUGGCUGUUAUGGUUAUCGAAGGAAACAUUGUCUUAUGUCCAGUUUAAAAAAAAAACAACUGCUUAUCAUUUUGUAUGUUUUUUUUGGCUUAAAAAAAUAUACAAAAUGAUAAGUAGUUUUUUUGUGGAACUUUUGUCAAAACAUUUUUUCUAUUAAUUUCCUACCUUGCAUGCAGCCAUUGUUCAGGUUCUACUAAUAGAAUUCAAACUUCAUUUAAUUGCCUUUAUAAUGUUAAUGUUGUCAGUGACUGAGUUGCCAGGAAACUUGCCCAGCUCAAGCAAGUUUUAAUUCUGAAAACCAAUAGACAUCUGGGAGGUAUUUAAUCCAUCUGAAACUUAACUUAGGUAUGCUUCAAAAAAAUGUAUGCACAAUAUGUAUUUAAUGGGCGAAAAAAUGUAAAACUGUUUAUGAUCCUUAAAUGUAAAGCUUGACCUACUAUUGAAGAAUAAUUACAGUUGGGGAACAACAAUGAAGACUGUUUAUUUUGGCACUGUCUAUAACAGUGAAGAGAAAUCAUAUUGUUACGCUCUUCAUUGUUAAGCAAAGUUUAUUUUUUUCUCUACUAAUGCACCUUCCUAAUAAGAAUGGAAUACUAAUAUUAUACUCUACAUACUGAUGUAAACAUGGCCAUGAAUGUGUACAUUUUAGGAAACCGCAUGUAUAAAUGUUCAUAGUUCUCUGCGAGGGAUGAUAUGGAUUCUUGUGGAAUACAACAAAAUAUGAUUUUACUAAUUGCAUCUUUGUUAAUUGUUCAAAUGAAAACCACCAUAUACUGUAUAAGGCCUUUUCAUCAGUUGUUAUUCAGAAGGUUGCAAGGUGCUUAAAGCAUUCAGUGCAACUUGUUGCAACUUGUGAACAUACUACCUGUUGCUAAAUAAAUGUAAAUGGUCAAAUCUA